AUGCCGACUACACCUCCACAGGAGUCGCACAAACUUCCAGUAGAGAUGAAUCUUCGUCUCCAACAAGAAAUCAGUCCUUCUCCUACCCUGUUAGGCAGUUCAUCUCUGCAUGCGAUGGAAAAGGAUCAUCUGCCUCCACAACCCAUCUGCCACAAAACUAUGUGUGUGGUGUGGACAUGUAAUUAUAUUUUUCAAUACAAUACAUCUGGUAGUAACAAACAGCAUGUGACCACAAAGAAUACUGCAAAGCUUGAUCGUGAGACUGAAGAACUGAAACACGAAACCAUUCCAUUGAACGUUGGCAAGUUGAUUCAGCAAGGGCGUCAAGCUAAAGGACUCAGACAGAAGGAUCUUGCUACAAAAAUCAAUGAGAAACCACAGUUUCUUGUAAGGAAGACAGUUGAUCCAUCAAGUCCUCUAGUGGCAACUGAGGUGGACUGGUCUCUAUUUGUUGAACCGGGCUGUCCUCCUGCAACGUCGAAGGAUUGUGAACCUCUGUUGUUAUCUGUUGCACUAACUGAGCAAAUUCUGGGGAUGGUGUGCUCAGUCUGCUCCCUUCUAGCCUCCAAGGAUAGAUUUCUGUUAAUAUCUGAUGUGUCUUCAUGGGAGACGCGAUUGGGAUGUCCUUUUGUAACGAUGCUGCCUGAGUUGAUGAAGAUGGUUGACCCUGGCCGACUUCCUGUAGCGUGCACUUCAUUUCUGGCGAGGCCUGUAUACAAUACAUCUGGUAGUAACAAACAGCAUGUGACCACAAAGAAUACUGCAAAGCUUGAUCGUGAGACUGAGGAACUGAAACACGAAACCAUUCCAUUGGACGUUGGCAAGUUGAUUCAGCAAGGGCGUCAAGCUAAAGGACUCAGACAGAAGGAUCUUGCUACAAAAAUCAAUGAGAAACCACAGGUGAUUACUGAUGAACGGAUUGCGAGCAAGAGGGUCAGCGUGUCGCGCGCGCCAGAAGAUAAAGUUUUCGUCACCGUAAUUUAUUACUCUGGAGCUGCCACAUUGAAGCACGAGUUUGAGAAUUUGUCAGUGAAAUACCUUCGCACCAAAUUGGACAGAGGAAGACUGAAAUAUUAG